AACAAGAAUCCGCCUUUACGUCCAACGCGUCUGGCUGACCGUUGGCGCAUGUUGUAAACUGCACCCCUAUGACGUUACGCGAAAUCAGGAAGCUUUUACGCUAUACUUCUCAUUCUGUAUACGACCUACAUUCACGGGCUUACGGACACCACAACCUGUUAACGCCCUCUCGCAUGAGCUCCACCAGCCCUAGGAACUAAGGAUAUCGCACACCAUUCAACGCUAGCAAUACCCAUACACCACCAGUUUAGCUUAGGAAUCAUUAGGUCGUGCGUCAUUGCACUGGUGUGCGGCACUAGGGCAACAUGGAGGAUGACGAAGACAUACUUAGCUCAAUGUCCGGGGAUUACGAUCUGGACUUAAUACUGCCGUCCUUGUCUGAGGACGGCGAUGAUGAGGGAGAGAAUGAUGGGCCAGAAGAAGGAAUCGGCGCGGAUGCGGACGACGCGGAUUCAGAAGAGGGCAAUGUCAUGCUUGGUGGUCGCGCUGCUGGACUUGUUGCUGGUAGACUACCGGAGGCCUAUCUACAGGGCGCCGGUGACGCGCCCAGUGCACUGGCCCGUGUACAAGCGCCAGCGGAGGCUUCUGCGCUAGCGUCAUGCAUGCAGUCGCCAGGCCUGAGGGCUGGGAAGACGGUCAUUAACACCCACAACAACAAGCUUGCGGACUUCCUCUCCUACUCACCCAGCCACAGCCGGGUCACCAUUCAGUACCCAGACAGCAACCGACAGCUGCACGUCAAGGCAGCUAAUGUACAGGUGUGUCCCCUUGGGGGCAAGUACGACCAGCGGCGAUCACUGUUGUCAGGCAAGGACACUAGCGACCAGGCGGUGUUGGUGACAAGCGGCAGAUAUACGGGGCAGGUCGGUGUCGUCCCGGCUGGCUACAUGGGCACACAAAGGCCCAAGGUGACCCUUGUGGACAGGGAGACUGGUGCACAGCACCCAGCGGUCAACGUGGAGGCGGCCAGGUGUACCACAACGUGCAUUCGCCCCCUGAGCCCAUCAUCAGCCGCAGCAACAGUGCCCCGGCUGACAUCAAGCGCCCGCGCGAUGAGGAGCCUGGCGGUGGCGGUGGCACGGGCGGUGGCACGGGCGGUGGCGCGGGUGAGGGGGACUCCGACAGCGACGUCGCCACUGCUGCCCAGCGGGGUCCGCCUGGGGCCCCGCCCGCCCACCCGCUGCCGCCGCGACCUCCCCGUGGCGGUACGGCUGGCCGCCGCGCGGGCAUGCGCGGUGGUCGCGGGAGCGGCUCGGGGGCGCCGGCGGCGCCGGCGACGCCGGCGACGAUGGCGGGGGCUGCGGCGGUGUCAAGGGCGGCGGCGGCGGCGAGGGCACCUCCAAUGGUUCCGGCGGCGAGGGUGGCAUCGAUGGCGAGGGCGGCUUCGUCACCGGCCAUUACCGUGGUACUGGAGGACAGCGACGUGGAGAUUAUCGAGUAGUGAGGGGGGGGGGAUAGCCGGCAUAUGUGAGAACGACAAGGGUAUGGGGGUUUGGGGCAGGAGGAAGAAUGAUGCAGUCGUGUGUAAUGAUACCUACAGGGGUCAAUAGGCUUCGGGCCAAGGAUGCGUAAGACCUACGCGUGGUGGAGAACGGGGGCGUGGGAUAGCAGGUCAGUCUAACAGGACGGAGAUAAUAUCAUGUGGGCUUUGCCUGUCCCUGGUUGUGUUCCUGUGUGCGUGUGCCCUGUUGCGUGGGACUUUGUUGUUUGUCUACCGCUCUUCCUAAUAGAGCACGUCUCGUGCUUCUGGGUUAGACCGCUUUGAGCGUGUUUUGCGUUUGCCGCCGGUUUAAUGGCCGGUGUGUGUCUGGUCAGCUUAAUUGUAAGUGUCAUUGGCG